AUGAGGCCCAACUGCAGCUGGAUCGGCCCCAAAAUCCCCCUGUCCUCUGAGAUCUUCAGCGCCAUCAAAGACGAGCUGUGGCUGUUCCUGAUCCCGGCCGGUCUGGCUCUGCUCACACUGGGGCUGUUCCUGGAGGAGGUGGGCUUCUUCCUGCGCCAUGUGCCGUCUGCCCGGCGCUGCCAGCUGAGCCUGUGGAUCUUAGGCAUAUACCCGGUGUUCGGCCUGAGCUCUCUCGUGGCCCUGUACGUGCCACGCUCCUCCUCACUCUGUAACUUCCUGGCUUCUCUGUACCACUCCUUCACGCUGCUGAAGUUCAUGGGGCUGAUCACGGAGCUGUUUGGCGGAGAGGACAGGAUGAUGGAGGUACUGUCGGGGCAGACCGUCUCUCCAGACCCUUUCCCCUGCUGCUGCUGCUGCUGCCUGCCCCUGGUGGCUGUCAACAGGAGCAGUCGGGGCUGGAUGAUGGCCGCCGUCCUCCAGCUCUCCGUGGUGCGCAGUCUUUUGUUCUUCGUGACUCUGGUGCUGUGGACGGACGAGCGGUACAACUACGGAGACAUGGACUCGGUGAACCCUAACCUGUACGUGAACGCCAUCAUUGGCGUGUCCACAUUUGUGUCCUUCUAUGGUCACCUGCUCUUCUACAAGGCCACGCGCCGCGCCUUGCCGCAGUGCGCGCUCAGGGCCAAGUUCAGCUGCAUUAUCGUGGUGCUGGUGCUGUGUGGGCUUCAGAGCGGGAUCUUGGAGACUAUGGGGGCCCUGAGGGUCAUCCCCUCCAAUCAGCGCACGAGCUGGCGCCUUCGCAGCAACAGCGACCGCCCCCCCGCUCUAUGGACAUUUUGGCGGCUUGUGGGCAUCAUGGCGGAACAUUUGAAAGAGUGCCAUGUACCUUGUAAGAUGUCCUGGAAGGAGGUGGAGACGCUGUGCCGGCUGGAGGAGCUGCGCUGUAAGGAGCUGGGGGUGAGCAGGGCCAACAUACAUGAGUACGAGGUGGAGUUCAUCUGCAACUACAAGAGGGUCAAGGAGGACGAGUUCUACCUGGUGAAAUGGAGGGGUUUCCCUGAGGAGCAGAACACAUGGGAGCCCAGGUCCAACCUGAAGUGUGGACGGAUGAUAAAGCAGUUCCACCAGGACCUGGUGAGGGAACUGCAGCGUCGCAAGAGGCGCAGGGUACCUCGCAGGCUGGAUGAAGAGGUGUCGUCGUACCUGGCUCAGAAGGCCAAAUUGAGGCAGAGCCUCCUGUGCUGGCAGGCACACCUGAACCAGACCAGCAACCACCCGGGCCAAAUCUACGUCCUGAACGAUGUGGACCUGGAGGGGCCCCCCGCACAUUUCACCUACAUCAACAACUACAAGGCGGGCCCCGGUAUCAUCCUGGACGAGAUGGCUGUUGGCUGCGAGUGUACGAACUGUCUAGAAGACCCCGUGGACGGGUGCUGCCCCGGGGCCUCUCUGCACCGCCUGGCCUACAACGAGAAGCAGAGGCUGAAGGUACGCGCCGGCGAGCCCAUCUACGAGUGCAACUCCCGCUGCUGUUGCGGGCCCGACUGCCCCAACCGGGUUGUGCAGAGGGGCAUCCAGUUCGACCUGUGCAUCUUUAGGACGGAGAACGGGCGUGGCUGGGGAGUGCGCACCCUGCAGCACAUUCACAAGAACACCUUUGUCAUGGAAUACAUCGGAGAGAUCAUCUCCAACGAGGAGGCGGAGAAGCGCGGGCGUGAAUACGACAGCCAGGGCUCCACGUACCUGUUUGACCUGGACUACGUGGAGGACGUGUACACGGUGGACGCCGCGCACUAUGGAAACAUCUCCCACUUUGUCAACCACAGUUGCAACCCCAACCUGCAGGUGUUCAACGUCUUCAUCGACAACAUUGACGAGCGGCUUCCCCGGAUCGCCCUGUUCUCCACGCGAGCCAUCUCUGCCGGAGAGGAGCUCACCUUUGACUACAAGAUGCAGAUUGACCCAGUGGACAGCAGGUUGGACUCCAGCAUCACUUACAUGGACGUGCCCAUCUCUCCCAAGAGUUCGCCAAAGAAGAGGCUUCGCGUGGAGUGCCGCUGCGGCUCCAACUCCUGCCGGAAAUAUCUCUUCUAA